AUGAGCAAUGAGGUCUGGCCAGCUUCAGCUCUUUCUGAUCCAAACAAAGAACACCGCUGCCCGAGUCCAGAUGGGUUUCGGCCCCCUCUACCUCAACGCCCGACGACACUGAGUUUGUUGAACGAUGAGACAGCCUCGCGCAACGUGGGCCUGCAGGCUGAGGCCACCACGGCGGUCUCCCAUGCAGAAAUAGAAACACAGGCUCCCGAGCCGGGGCAAUCUCAUUUCUCGACGCUGGCGGUGCGAAGCUUAUCGGGGGGACUCAAGGCCAAAGCAAGUUUGAGCCACUUGGCGAGCGCAAAGGGAAGCGAAACCGGCGAUUCUGCGAGUAUCCGAAGCUCGGUUCAGAACAGCGAUGUGGGUGAUUUUGAAGCUCUAUUUGAGAAUUCUGCACCGACGAUUCCUGGCACAUCCGCGGAUGCGACAAGUCUGCUUCAUUAUCCUGAAUGCCCAGCGGAUGACAUUGGCGAGGUGGAAUUUGUGGACGAAUUCGAGCCGGUUGGGGAAGUGGAUGAGAAUGCCGCCAACGAGGAUUUGCUGCUUCAACGCUGGAAGAGCAAGCAAAAGCAUUUUCUGAUAAUUUCUGCAGCGGGCAAACCGAUAUGGACCCGACACGGAGAUGGAGGUCUGAUAUCAACGUACGUGGGUGUUGUACAGACUAUCAUAUCAUUCUAUGAAGACUCAAAUGAUCAUCUUCGGAGUUUCGCAGCGGGUGAUACGAAGUUUGUAUUUGUCACUCGUGGUCCGCUGUAUCUCGUCGCCAUCAGUCGCAUGAUGGAAAGCGAUAAUCAACUACGUCUCCAACUCGAAGCCCUGUAUAUGCAAAUUUUGUCCACUUUGACCCUUCCAUCCUUGACUCACUUGUUCUCUGUUCGUCCAUCAACCGAUUUAAAGAGACCACUGCAAGGCUCGGAGACGCUACUUUCUUCUUUGGCGGACAGCUUCACUCGAGGAUCGCCGUCUACCCUCUUGUCGGCGCUGGAGAGCCUCAAAUUACGCAAAGUCCACCGACAGACAAUCAACAACGCCCUCUUGAAGACGAGAACGAAAAAUCUUCUAUAUGGCUUGGUAGUAGCCGGGGGUCGACUCGUGAGUGUUGUGCGGCCAAAGAAACACUCGCUUCACCCGGGCGAUUUGCAGCUCAUUUUCAACAUGAUUUUUGAGGCGGACGGUAUCAAAGCGGGAGGAGGGGAAAGCUGGGUUCCUGUUUGCCUUCCUGGCUUCAACAGCAGUGGAUACCUUUACAUGUAUGUCAGCUUUUUGAAGCUCCGUGACGGUAUAGGCGAGCAUGAGGAUAUCUUGAAAGACGAAUCUGUAGCUGUGGUUCUGAUAAGCCCAGCCAAAGAGAGCUUCUUUGAGAUGCAAGGGAUGAGAGAUGCGCUCGUUGAGCAAAUGGAGAAAAAUGGGAGCAUGCAAGUGAUUGCGGCUUCAAUUGAAAAAGGUCGCCCCGCCACUACGGAUAUCGUGCCGGGGACGGUACUUCACCAUUUCAUCUAUAAAUCCCGAGCAAAUGUCCAAUUUACAAUGUCAACUUAUUCCCCAGAAUUCACGUCCGACUCGCGCAAACGACGACUGAUUUCGGUAUAUAACAACAUUCACUCGAGCAUUCACGCCAAGAAUAGUCACGUCAAAGUACAUCACUGUGUGUCAAGAUCUGCCAGUUCUUUUGCCUGGGUUACUCCGAUUUUCGAGCUGUACUGUGUAGCCGAACCAAAUGCGAAUCGAAAUGCUUUGAUCCAGGGUGCGAGCAAGAUAGCACAGUGGGCACAGCGUGAAGAAGAGAGGCUUUUUAUCAUCGGAGGUGCAGUCUUCUAA